AUGCCUGAGAACUACCGAUAUCUUCGGACUCGUUUGCAGUAUGAACACCUUCGUUUCGAAGACUGGUGUGAGGCCGCUGGGUUUGACGAUGCAGGCUACCAGAAAGCAAAAGAUCUUCCAGCAAGCUUCGAUCCGAGUGGUUUCACCAAUGCUGGUGAAACCGAGGUCAGCGAUCUACAAGUGCUGGAAAAGCUUAGGAACAUUUCUUCUAGAGACAACGAGGACGCCAAACAUUCCGGUAACAACUCUGGAGAAGAGUUCGAGAAAUUCUUGGGACGUUUCAAAGAACUGAACGAGAAUCUCUAUCAACUUCUCAAUGGGGAACAGUCCCGCCAUUUACUGGACCUCACUCGCAAGACGCAGCUCGACAUGGUCCUGGUAUUAAAGUCUGUCGAAGAACUAAAACAUCUUCAAUUAGCAGCAGUCUUGCAGCCUGAUCGAGCACCAGAUCCAUCGUCAUAUUCGAGAAGCGACCAGAUUCUCGCAUCCUUGGCUAACUUCAAGCAGCUCAAUACUGCUUCUGUUCUAUCUCCAGAGGCUCAGCAAGGGAAAGCCGACAAUGUUCGGAGAGAUACAUUGCUAGUUCGUUCUCGAAUCACAUUGUCAGACGAAGAUGAUGGUUCAGACAGCUUAGUGACCUUUGAUGGCCGCACGGCCGGGAUUCUGGACGAGAAACGACCAGGACACCGGAACAUCUGGGUGGAAUGGCGAGACUACAUCCCUCAUCAUAACAACGAGGGAAACGAGCUCGUUGCGCCAGAAACCAGCGUCAAACGUGUCCAGGAUCUAGUUACUCUUCUCAAGCUGAAUAAGCUUGAUGAAUUCUGUGCACCAGUUUGUCACGGAUAUUUCGAUGACAAUGACAACCCAGUGCAUGACAACCGGACCUUUCGGUUCGGGCUUGUCUUUGAAAGCACUUCUACCUUGCAAUCUCCCAAGGUUCCGGAAACCUUGCGUUCGAUGUUUGGUCGUUCACCUUCGUCUCUCAAUGCUCGAGUCCGGCUAGCACAGAGACUUUGCACAUGUGUGCUCUAUCUUCAUGCAGUCAACUGGCUACACAAAGGGAUCAACAGUCGCAACAUUGUCUUUGCUGACCCGCAGGAUCCCUCUGAGCCUUGUGUUUCUGGAUUUGAGCUCGCACGCCCUGACACUGAUCAAGACAAGACCCAGCCUGGCAGACAUUAUGUUGCUGAUCUGACAGACGACAUAUACUGUCAUCCAUUGUACCAAGGCGUUGAGAAGAAAACGCAUUACCAAAAGACGUUCGACGUAUAUAGUCUAGGACUUGUGCUGUUAGAGGUUGCACUUUGGAGACCAAUCGAGUCAAUUAUGGGCCUUGAGGGCGGCUUGCUCGAUAGAAAGUCUGCCGCCUCACUCAGGAACAGAUUGAUGCGGGAAGACUCAGAGCAUAUGGGGGAACUCAGAGCCCGAAUGGGCGACGGUUACCAGAGGGCUGUCUCAGUCUGUAUUGUAGGUCGUACGGCACUGGAUAUAGAGGAAGAUGCAGACGAGACAGAUGUACUCGUGGCUGCUAGGCUGCAGCGAGCUCUGAUGGAGCGAGUGGUCGAUGUCAUAGGAGUUAUUCGCAUCUAG